AUGCUGGCCGCGCCGCUGUCGCCUGGUCCUCCAGGGCGGCACGCGGGCCCGCCGUCGUCGCCUGGGGGCGCCAAGGCCGGCGCUGGCCUGAGCAGCCUGGCCGACACCCUCGCGAAGCUCAGCCGUGAUGAGAGAAGGCACGAGGACCUCGUGGGGAGCCUGGCCAGGCGCAUGGCCGCCCGCGGGGACGAGACCGUGCACCUCUACAGGCGGCACAAGCAGAAGGCCUUCGCCGACAGCGGGUACGUCAUGGUGAAGACGCUGGGCCAAGGCCGCCACGGCAUGCUGAAGCUCGCCAGGCGGAAGGGCUCGAAGGCAAGAGUCGGGGGGAAGGCCAGGGACGACCUCGUGGCGGUCCGCCUGAUCCAGCGGUUCGCAUUGCAGAGGGACAUCAAGGCCAAGGAGGAGAUGCUCUCCACGCGCGAGUCCCACGCCACGCUCCUGAAGCACGUGCACGUCCUGCGCCAGCUGGACCACCCGAAUAUCCAGAAGGAGCUGGAGACGUUCGAGGACCGGCAGCAGAUAUUCAUCGUGUGCUGGAGCUCUACACCGGCGGGGAGCUCCUGGACAGGCACGACCAGCCCCUGUCGGAGUACCGGGUGGCCUGGAUCGUAG